AUGCAAUCAUGGAAAGCUGCACAACAAACACACACGAGAAAGCCGUCCAUUGAGCUCGAACAUGCAAAACGCUUAAGACAGUAUGCACUUGAUAUGCGCGGGGCGAUGCCUGUGCGAUUUCAAGGAGGCGGUACAGAAGAAUUGCAGUGUUUCAUGUGCUUAGCAUAUAAAAGCGCAUAUGUCUCAAAACAAUUGAGUGAUGAGUAUGUGUCGCACUGCUACACGUGUGGUCGCGGAGCGUGCGAUAGCCACGGAUCUUGGGAAGCAGGGCACUUCCACUGUGCACUUUGCCAUGCAACUGACGAUGGUUUAUUGGCGGAGGUAAAGGACACUUUUGCAGUAAGAUGUCUCAGUAAAACCUUUCAGAACCAAAGGUUGCUACAUACGAAUGAGGAAGCAUUUAACGACUUUUUGCUGACAUUGUGCACGGGAGGAAUAAACCGUCCAAGAGGAAUGGGAAACUAUGACGAACAAGGCCUGAAGGUGCCGCCACAGGAAGCAGCAGGCGUAGAGCUUCCUUGGGACGACGCGCGGCAGCUAGUAGAAGCAAUCGUACUGUCUCGAGUUAACACACCAGAUGAUGCAGAAAAGGUGCUCGGGCAGAGUUGGGUUCCAACUUGGGACGGCUGGAAAAAAUUGCGCCAAUGUGCGACAGAGCGCUGUUGUGUUGCAAUCGCGGAGCGACUGUGCGACAUUGCCCAGCAGAAUGCCUCUUACCAAAGCAAGACCGACACCCAAGCAUUGCAGGCUUUGGCGUCUGAAGGGUUCAUGUGGCGGAAAGCGGUGUCACACGGUGUGAAUAACUGCUUGAUCGAUUCCCUGAUGUUGUGCCUGUCGUAUGAACACAUUUUGCCUAAUAACUUAACAACAGAUGUCACAGCAAGGCGACGCGUUGCAACUGCAUGCAGAAAGCAUUUGAUUCAAGAGAUUGGGGACGAAGUGGCUCCAGGCAGCAAUGGGCUUUUCCCGUUCCUGGAUGCGCAUCGGGAUGGCCCCAGAAUUGUAGACUUUUUGUUGCAUUGGUUUCGCGUUGUUGCGCGCUCGAAUAUGCUAAUUCAUGUGCAUGACAGAUUUGGUGAGCACGCUGCAGGUGCAGACUGGAAUAAAAUUGCAGUGAACCUUGGCCAUGGGUACCCACAACAGACUGUUUUGCAGCUACACAUUUAUAACCACACUUCUGUUCAGGGUAGAGGGUAUCAUUUUGAUAGCUUGCUCCCGAUCACUGGGCGUGACGCCGAACCAAAGAAAAAGAGAAGCCGUACCAUAGCGUCCACCAACGCAAUGGAGAUAGAAGCAGAGCCCGUUGCAACAGAAUCACAACUCAAUGAUUUGCACCGAGAGCCGCAGCAAAGCAGUGGCAUACCUGAGAAGCCGAGCUGCAGCAAGGAGGGAGCAGAGCAGGAAGCAGAUCACAGAGCAGAAGCCGUAUUUGCAAACAUGGCGUGGUACUUUCAUGGCACGACUUUUGCGACAUCUUGGCUUGACGCACUGCUGGCAAAUUUGAUUUUUCAUGGAUAUAUGUUAAAGUUUCCAGAUUUGCUUGCGCGUCAGGAUGCGCGCUUUCACCUAUGUAGAACAUGCCAGGCAAGUUUAGAACUGGAGCAACUAGAGGGCGACGAAGCCUUCCACUUACAACGUCAUCUCGCGAGAGCAGUGUUAUUUUUCACCAGCGGGAGCCGAGGUGAGGUGAAUGCUGAGGUACAUGUGUACGAUUCAACUACCACUGACCUCAGUGUACCGCGUGAUGUUUAUACCAUCGGCCGACGUGACAGCUUGCUGGUACCAGUCUUCCGCCUCUAUCGCUACAGAAAUGGCCGUUAUGCUGCCUUGUUGCCUGCGAACCCAGCAGAACGGCCUGUGUUCACAAGUGGCGACUCGUAUAAAGCAUCCCAAGGAAGCAAACAAAAUGCCAUGAAUGCAACGUGCGCGGCAGCGCCGCCAGCAAACACGUUUGGAACUAUUGACUGCGCUGGCGCAGCGACCGACUUGAGUGCACCGCAGAUUGCGGAAGUGCGUGAUAUCCUACAGCGGUUUUGCGACCAAAGAGGCGCAGAUGUUCAAGUUGACGAGACAGACGCGCAGCGAGUGAGUGAUGCUUGGUGGAACUUAGAUGCGCUGGGAAUAAUUUUGCACACUCUUCUCCAGGCAGGAUUGACUUUUGCAGAUGCAGGCAUGCAUCACGCGCGUAGAUUAGCGAAUCAGUGGCGCGGUUUCUAUACUACACAGACGCAAGGUGCUGGGAAACGAUUGUCAGAUGGUUCAAUGGAGAAAGCUCAGAAGGAAAAUGUAGGGCACAAGACGGCUGCAACAGAUGCAGCUGCUACCUGCUUUGUGCAUAGCACAGCAGCCGAGAGACAAGAACCAACUAGUACCAGUGAAGUGAAUCUGAGCAGUAAUCUUCGACAACGGGAAGCAACACAGCAGGAUGCAAGUGCAAAUCGAUCGCGCAAAACAGAGAUGAAUGUGCCUCCUCGCCGUAUGCGCCACAAAGCACCGCCAGUCGGACCAACAGCAGCACCUACAUCCGGAUCUCGGCUGCUUCACGACGCUGGCACUGACGCAGACGAUAUCUAUCCCUUGCGGCUCUGGACGCCGUCGCAAGGAAACAAGGAUCCUCGGGCAGCAUAUGAUCUUGCAAUGCAAGAUGCAGCAGCUCUUCUGUCAGAUAAGCCUACGUUGCCAGAACGCCUGCAUGCCGCAACUGACCCUGAGAUGGCAUAUGACUUGCCGGAUUACCAUUGCGCAUUUCGAAGCUGUGGGUUCGAGUGUGCAACCCAAGCGGCGCUCGCAGAACACGUUGCGCAGCAUCAUGCGACUGCAUUACAUGACUUGGCAAUGCGGUGGUCAUCACAGGUUAGCCCCGCGCAAGGGACAUUCCAGGCAUAUCAGGACCUGCUGACGCAGCGCUGCCAACAGUCUGGUCCCCUUGCGACCUGUUCUAUUGACCGACGCUGUUUGCGGAAAUUCCGUUCCAACAUGCUGGGUCACCAGGUCGGUACCGCGAUCUGCUUCGUGUGCGCGCGUCGGUUCCCAUUCGUGGACGGUUUUCCGAACCAACAAAUUUCAUGGCUACGAGCAUACGAGCCACGCACUGGACUGUUCUUCGAUCAUGUUCCUGAGAUGCUCGAAGCUUUGUUGGGGAUGAGCACGUAUCACGCACGUUAUGUGACGACCUUGCCUGCUGAUAUGCAACCCGAUUUGCAAUCCGAAUUGGCGCAGUGGACCUGCACCAUCGCUUGCGCCCCAUAUAAUAUGAGCGUGCUUGCUUGCCCGGAAGAUAAAAAAUGCAUACAGCGUUGUCCGUCGAAUCGGUUGUGCACACAUUGCGAAAUACCUAUGUGCACGUCUUGCCGCACCAGGAUAUAUCGACAGAGAAUGAAGCCGCUAGAGGCACUGAGCAACGACUUGUUCCUGGGGCAUCCGCCGAGAGAACUCUAUGCACAAGAAUGCACGAUGUUGGAAUUAUUAUGCGCAAGUCCUUGCAUGACUGCAUUAACUUGUUUCAGCAUUGAAUGGCGAUAUCUCCAAGAUCGCAGUCUAGCCCAAGAUGCGCUCAUGAAUCGACAUCGUCUGUGUGCAAAGGGGAAUGCCACGACAUUCCCGCUCCCCUGGGAAGACCUGUUAGCAGAAUUUGAGCGUCUGGGAACCCCGGCCACCAACGCUUGCGUGAAUAUGCUGCCGCACGUUGGUAAGGAACUAAGUGACAAGGUAGCCGUCAUCAUAAAAAUCGGUGACAAGACAGAUAAAGACGCAAUACGUCAACAAAUUAUACAUCAGGCCGUGGUUCGUCGCCGGGUCGUUGUAGGGCUCAUUGCUGCCAUGGUUGCGCGUAGCCAUCCGGCAUAUCAGGGUCUAGACAUGGCAGUCGUAGCAACGCGUGCUGAGAUGCUCCCCGAGAAUGACGUUCCGGCUGAAAUCAUUGCGUUGCUUGACAAUGAUGGGAGUCUAGAUCAGGUAUUGCGCCAAAAGGCUGCCACACCGGUGAAUGAUCAAAUGACGGCCGAAGAAGCAAGACGAGAAUUUGGUCACAUGCUGAAACCCAAUGCAGUUGUCCUGGAAAAGACAAGUGCUGGAUGCCAAGACGUGAAUGCUCAACAUGUGUCUGCAUUGGAAGAGGUUGUGGCAGGCGGUGAACCAGCAUCUGCGCAGCCUCUGCCCGAAGUGACGUUGUAUACUGGGACCAAACUUCUGGACCAGUUCCAGCCGCUAUAUUUUGCGUUGGCUUCCCCCUUCGUCUUCCCGUACGGCAUUGGCUUACCCGACGUUCCGAAGUGGAGCCAGCGACAACGGCCACGAAGACACGCAGAUGAUCCAUAUGUGGAGCUGAACACGUGGGUGCGCGCAAUGGCGCGGCGCAUUGAAGCCCAAGUCAGCCGUGACUGGGUUUUUGGCUUUACAUCCUGGAAUUUGCUUUUUCGAUCUGCGCUGAACCUUUCACGUACUACAGACGCCUAUUCCCGCACAUUCUUUGAUGAGGACAUCCAAGAAUGGGUGCAACCGACAGGGCGCCAUGUCGAAGCGGCUGCUCAGCAAUUGCUCCUUGCUUUGAAGGGUUCCUACAUAGAUGUCAAUGGACAACCACGGCCCGUCAAGGGUGAUGUUGCGAAGCUCCGCUAUGUGCAAGGGCUAAAGCCUAUGGCCCGAAAACUUUUGAACAACAUGCGCCAUACAGCCCAAGGCUUGCCUGGGACCCAAGAAGCUCGGAAAAGGAUGCGGUUCGAGAUUCAAGCCAUGCGUAUCCGGUACGGAGUACCGUUGUUUGUGACAUUUACGCCAGAUGAGGCGCAUCAGCUGCUUUUUGUGCGGAUGACGCGCGUUCGCUCCUGUGACCCUGUCCGCACUGCCUCCAUAGGGCAAGAUUUCCCGGCAGGGCAAAUGUUUUUCCCGCAUUUGGGAUUGCAUGAUGCUGUUCGCAUGGGACCUUUCGAGCAUGAGUUCACUUUACCGAUGUCUUGGGCAGAGCGACGCGAAGUUCUGGCGCGGGAUCCGUUGGCUGCUGUGGAUGGGUUUCGGGUACUGACACAUUUGAUGUUGAAGCAUCUCUUCGGCGUUCGUGUGUGUCCAUACUGUCCAGAUUGCAAUCGCUUCAGUGGAUUGGAGCCGUGUCAAGACCUUGGCGGCAGCAAUGCAGAAGCAAACGGUGGCAUAUUCGGGCGCUUGGCUGCGUUGCGCGCAGAAUACGAAGCAUACAAUGCGCAUGUGUGUCAUGCAAGUUAUGUGGGCCAAUCGAACGAAGACAUGGAACGCCGCAUCACUGCUGCGGAAGCAUCCUGGCCAACGCACGAGCUGGAUGUGUCGAUGACAACGGUUCCGACAUAUCAACUGCAACGUGCUACUGAAACCGAUAACGCCCAAAACGAAGCUGCAGACUGGCGAAGGCGCUACAUGGCAGAAGAUGUCGUCCAACUGCAGCUUCUGAAACAGCAUCACUACCAUCCUUACAAUGAAACUACCCAAGGUCGCGUCCCAUUGGCAGGCUGCCAAAAGAGUGAUCGGCCAGGGCUGUGUAAGAGUGAUUUUCCCCGCACGCAAUGGCUGUGUGCGCAACCUACUGUAUUAUGUCCUUGCAAGUUGAAAACGUACGGGAUGCCAAGCGGUGGACGAAAAAAUCGCUUAGGAGCUUUGCAUGGACCCUGUGGGCACGAGUGGUUAAAUGGCUGCGCACCAGCAAUGUUGGCAGGACUACGUGGUGCAAAUUGCGAUGUGCAGGUGCCAUACCGGCUUCCAUAUUCAUGUCCAACUUGCGGCGAUCAAUUGACAGCGGAAGAACGGCAGCAGAUGUCAUUGGCGGCGCAGCGGGCGCAAGACGCACAAACCGGCUAUUGCGCGGAUUACUGCUCCAAGGGCCAGCCGAUGGGACAUGGAGAAAUCAGAGAAUUCCAAAAAGGACACGAACAGUUGCAUGCGCAGCAUGCGCGGAAACCACUAGAUGACCUCGGCAAGCGACAUGCAAAUCGAUUCCUCAGCGAUGCGUAUCUCAAAGGCGUGGUGCGAGGACAGGUCGAAUGUUGUAAUCUGCGCGCCUAUCAUCGCGACGACACGGUCGUCUCAGCCGAACGCAUUGCAACAACAACCUUCGAAAGUUUCCCUGGGGCUGCUUUUGCGGACUUUGUUGCGAAAUAUCACAACGGAGAUGAUGCGGCAUCGUCCAUGCGACGCAGCGCCGUGAAAUGGACUCAAAGGCAAGCGUCUGGUGUCCGACACCUAGGAACAUUUGACAUUGUAGAAGUUUAUGGGCACCGGCCCAAGACAGCAGAGGUGUGGUGGCUGUCACCGUAUGAGUUCGUUGCCAAUUGGGCAGUCACCAUAGCUCGUGUACCGACGACGCAACGUGAAUGGGAAUUGGAAGAGCGUAGUAGCUGGGACGUUUCGUUGACGGCAGCAGGUCUCAAAUUGAUACAAAAGCAAACAGAUCCCGACAAGAAGUUGCACCUGCAACCAGGGACUCAUUAUUGUCUAGCUGUGCAAACUACGCCGGGUCGAGUAUGUUUAGAAGAUGGAACGGCAACAGCACAGCUCCGACACCGUUGUUAUCUGCUACGUCGGCGUCGCCCCUGUUGCCCGCACUUUGAGAACUCGCCCGUACCCCUGCAGAAAGCGGGUCAAGAAGAAGUAAACGCCAGAUUGACCAUGACCUAUUUCCGCGCGUGGACCCUCGAUGCGAACAAUGCUAGCGCCAAUGUUCCAUUUGUGGGCCGUUUGAAAGCGCCAACAGAAACUUGGGUACAAGCUCUGCGCAUGUGGUUGACGCAUUUGCCAUGCGAAGAAACAAAACGGUGCACCGGCAACUUCCUAUCAGUCUACCGUGUCCAUCCCAGCGGUGCGGAGGAAGCGAACAGUGACGACAGUGGCAUUGAUGAACCGCUUCUAGUUACUCCCGCUAGCCUGCCGACAGCUCUAAAAACGUCAUUCCGGCAAACUGGCAAAAGGGCCACUGCACAUAAAGCAGAACCAGGUCCAAAAGUUUACGAUAAAGUCUUAGCAAGCUACGAAGAAGCCGCGGCGCAAGCGGAAGCAACAUGGGCAAAAACAACCAAUAAGAAUGUGACGAACACAAAGACGCAGAGCAACAAUGCGUUCCACGCACACGAUCCGGCCGCAGUUCGUCGGGCCAUCAAAGCUUUAAACACGAAAAAAGCCCACAGAACUGUAGUCCGAAAGAUUCCGACGCCGGGCACAUGCGAGGCCGAGGCACGAGCAACAUGUGAGAAACAACUCCAAGGAGUGGUGCUGAAGCAGCAGAAGGAUCAGUGGCUGGUAGACUUGAAUCAUCCACUGGCGGGGCAGCGGGUGAAUGUGACAAUCACCUUGCUAGCCACUGAAGCGGUGCGUGCCCGGGAAGUUCACGUGAAACGUCUUCGCAAUGGGGAUGGCGUCACCUAUCCCAUUUUUGGGGACUGGAUCACGAUGCAUGUGGAACUCUCUCACAAUGGCAAGGUCUUAAGCUCCACUCGAGCUGGAACUCCGCUGCGAUAUCACUUGGGAUUUGAGGAUUCCAAGGAUCGUGGUUUAGAACUUGGGCUUCAGCAAGUCUCCCUUGGAGAACUGGCUUCGAUUCAAGUGCCAGCGCCUUUGGCCUACGGAGCCCAAGGCUGCGAUGAAAAACAGAUUCCGCCCCAUGCGGAUCUGGUGUACAAAGUGGACAUCCUAGAUGUGGAGUCUGAGCUGGAAUUGGCGUUCUAAAAG